AUCCCACUACAAAUUCCCUGUAAGUCUUCUGUCAUUUCUGCACGUUGACUAUCGCCAUGGCUGAAAAAACUGUACAAGCUGCUGAGAAUGGACCGGUGCCUCAGAUAUGGAAUCAAUACAUGCGUGAAGUAUAUUGGGGUAGAAAAGGUCCGGAAACUCUGGGAACCGUUUCUUUCGAGGAUAUUGAGGAGAAAGCAAAGGAGAAGCUGAAGGAUUAUCCAGGCGUAUUUAUGUAUGCGGGGGGAAACGCUGGGACAGGAUCUACGUACCGGGCCAAUCUGAAGGCCUUUCAGAGGUACAGAAUCAUACCCCGUAUGCUCGUUGAUACCACAGUGAGAAACUUGGAGGCGACAAUACUAGGAGUACGAUACCCAUCACCCUUGCUUAUCGCCCCAAUUGGCGUGCAGGGAAUUUUCUCUGCGGAAGGGGAGCUUGCCCCCGCUCGGGCCGCCCAAAAACUUGGGAUUCCCUUCAUCUUAAGCACAGUCUCCUCGAGGAGCAUGGACCAGGUUGCUCAAGAGAACGGUAGUGGACACCGAUGGUACCAGCUUUACUGGCCUAAAUCCCAAGAUGUAACCGUCUCACUGCUCAGAAGAGCGAAGGCAAACGGGUUUUCUGCGGUGGUGAUCACCCUCGACACGAUGGCCCUUGGAUGGAGACCACAUGACAUCGACAUAUCGUACAUGCCUCACAUUCAUGGCGUAGGGAUGGAGUGCGGGCGUUCCGAUCCAGUUUUUAUGGCCAAAUUCGGACUCCAGCCUAUCUUUGACCAACACCCCGAAUUUCCUUACGAUUUCCGUGCAAGGGAUAAGCUCAUCAGUGAGGGAGACCCCAAAGCUUUAGAGGAGAGCAAGCUGGGUAAUGCCUGGCUGGCCGAAGUCUGUUCAGGGCAGUUUCAUUCAUGGGACGAUCUCAAGCUUAUUAGAGAUAACUGGGAUGGGCCCAUUGUUCUGAAGGGUAUACAGAGACGAAGCGACGCGGAGAAGGCUCUCGAAUUUGGAGUCAACGGUAUAAUUGUGUCAAACCACGGUGGACGACAGGUGGACGGUGCUAUUCCAUCCCUGUACGCACUAGCAGAGAUAAUGGCUUCAGACAAGAUCAAACAAGCUCAGAAAGCGGGAAAUCUCACGGUUCUCUUCGAUUCUGGUAUACGCACUGGAAGCGAUAUCAUCAAAGCGAUGGCCCUCGGAGCACAGGGUGUACUCCUUGGUCGCCUUUUCCUAUAUGGAGCUAUUCUCGCAGGGCAGGCUGGCGUGGAGCAAGUAAUCAAGCACACUAUGGCAGAUUUGGAUACGACCCUUGGGCUGAGCGGAUAUGCUAGCCUUGACCAGAUUCAGGGUAUCGGUGAAGAACUUGUGAAGAAGAUCGAUUUUGAAGCAUAGUUACGACAUUGCAUCGAUCCGUCGAAUGCGGAUAUUUGCUUUGUGUACCUCAAAUGUCCUUGUAUUAGGCUACAAUACGGAUUGAAUAGACAACAGCUUAAUGCGCCGAUGGCAGACGCAGCUUCCAUCCGCUUUCAUUCCACUCCUUUUCGAAUUCUUCCUCGGAAAAUCGUUGGACAGCCCAUGUUCUAGCCCGC